CGGCGGGUUGUCCUUCUUAUUCUUCGCGAAGGCAUAAGCAAGCUCUAGAUCGUACGCCCGAAGAUGACCCUCAAAGAAGUCCUUGAACUCCUCAAAUUUCUCUCCAUGAUCCUCGAACAUCCUAAGCAGCAACUCAUCGUUAGCCCUAUUCCAGCUCGUGUGGGGAUCUGCGACCAGCUUUGCCCACCUGCUAACCGCUGCGCUUUUGCCACGGUUCGGGAAGAAUAAUGCACCGAAGUAUUUGGGCAAGA